AUGAUCGUCGACAACUGUCCAGCACACCCCAAAGUCGACGGUCUUAAAGCCAUCCGCCUGUUUUUCCUGCCACCGAACACCACAAGCAAGACACAGCCCAUGGAUCAAGGAAUCAUACAGAACCUGAAAGUCCACUACAGAAAGCAAGUCAUUCUGAAACAACUUCAGUCAAUAGAGAAGAAGACAGAGUUACAGAUAUCGGUCCUAGACGCCCUCAGAAUGCUCAACAACGCCUGGAACAAAGUCACAGAGAAAACCAUCAAGAACUGCUUUCGACAUGCCAAAUUUGUCAUCAAUGAGCCAGAAAACACACCAGAUGAAGAAGAAGAAGAUCCAGAAGAUGACAUCCCCCUAGCCGCCCUUCGCCUCCGUGUGCCCUUUGAAGAUUACGCACAGGUCGACGAGAAUGUCAACACAGCAGAAUCAACGACAGAUGCAGACAUCGUAGAGAGUAUCAAGGCGACGAAAAACGAAGAGAAAGAAGAAAGUGAGGAAGAAAAUGAGCCCGAGCCACCCAAGAAGAAACCCCCCACCCCUGAAGUCCGUGCCGCAUAUGAACUCAUACAAACCUGGGCUGAGAUGUCGGACAACGCAGAAGACCUUUUCCCCGGCCUCCAGAAAAUCGACCGCCGACUUGUGAUUGAAGAACACAGAUCAUCGUCUAUGCUGCAGCAGUCCUGUAUUACACAGUUUUUUGGUGACAGUGAUAGUGACAGGAAUAUGUAA